AUGCGCCGGUCCGUGUUCGCAUGUUGCUGCUGCGUGAUAGCGGCCGUACUGCUGUCGUGCCUGCCACCGUCGAUCCACUCCAGGACUGUGUCACCGAUCACGUAUGUGACCGCGACGCCGGCGUCGGGUGGGUACAGCGCGGCCCGGGCCCGGUACACUGGUCCCGGAUCCUCGACGUACGGCGAGGACGCAACUCCGUACCGGUACGGGCACAGGAGCAUGCCGUCGGCUGGUGAGCUCAACCGGGGCCGGAACGAGCGGAGCCACGCACUAUACGAGUCGCCGAGCACGUACGAGUACAUGACCAAUCCGGAGAAGAGCGGGCGCUCACGGGUGCCGAAGACGGAGAAGCUGCCGCCGGGCGACGAUGUGGAGCUGAUCGACGGCGGGCGACUGUCAGGUGACCGGGACGCGGAAGACGACCGGCGGGCGGUGCACCAAGACAACAAGAACAAGAAGAAGAAAAAGAAGAAGAGGAAGGCGACUUCGGCGGCUUCGACGACGGCGACAGCGACGAAACGUGGCCACGGGAAACGGGACGCGAACCGCAAAGGCGUAGUGAAACGGCAAAAAACCGAGCAACAUCGAGUCGACGAGAAAGGGCCGCAAAAGAAUAAGAAGACGACCGUCAAGGUGGCGACCAAGAGCAAGGCCGGUAAAGGAAACGGCUCGCCACCGGUGGCCAAGCACAAGAUACUCAAGAAAAACGAGUAUUCGAAAAAGCAACAGUUCUUCGACGAAGAACACGUAGUGAACCAUCACGGCAAGAAAAAACCCGCGGGGGCGGUGGCCCUUCACGGCGCAAGUAAACGCAAGAACAAGGAUACUACCGAAAACUCGAGCGGCAAAAAAGGCAACCGGCAUAGCAAUGUGAAGAAAGAAAAAAAGCACGCGGACGACAAUUUUUAUGGGUACGUCAGCCAACAAAAUAGAUCGCCCGGUUACGGUCAGAUACUGGCCGUACGGUAAAAAUGCCCCGCAGCUUACACGAAAACGUGUCAGAUAAUUCAAUAACCCUGUAUUUUGUUUUCGAUUUUAGUUUUUUACUUUUUUUACUAUAAUAUUGUUUUAAAGACUGGAAACGCGUAAAUAUUCACUCGUAUUAUAAAAAUCGUUUUAUACAUUUUUAUCAUCCCGUUCACGGCGUUAGGUAAUUAUUGUGCCCGGAACUAAUCCGCAACGACGUCAAACCGGAACGUAACAGUAUUUAUAAAUACGUCAGUUGUGUCACAGUAUUUUUUUUAUUUUUUUUUCCAUAGAAAUAUUGUUCAGGGUCGUUCACUGACUUAAUGUCGUUGUCGUCGUUGUUGUUAUUGGACACAUCAAAUUUCAAUUGAUUUUUCUUUUCACAGUGUCUCUUUAUAAAAAUAAUUUCACGUUCAAUAUGUACCUACCUAUACAUGUACAACUAUACGUAAAAACCAUCGAUCUGCAGAUUUAACUUUAAUAAUUUCUUAAGAAGCCUCGUCACUAACAUUCGUUUUCUCUGUCCGUCUAGUGUGCAGUCUGGCAUUUAUCAUUUUAACGAUAGCGACGCUUUCAACCGUGGUUGAGUUUAGGACAAAGGGAUCUAUUAUACACUUUAUAAAAAAAAAAAAAAAAAAAAACAAUAUUUAUUAUGGAUUCUGUAUAUAAAUUUUUUAAAAAUUUCAUAUUUUUCAUUAAAUUAUUAAUGGUUAAAAUUAGGAGAAAAUUAAAACAUGCAUAUCUUGGCAAAACCGAAAUUAUUUUUUAAAAAAAAAAAAUCGUUUAUUGGAUAUAUUUAAUGAAAUACACUUCUUUGUCAAAUUAAUAACACAUAUAUAAGUACAAUACCUUUACUCUAAAUUCAACCGGAGAGUCGCAAUCGUAAACAUUCGGAAUACCCAAAUAACGUAUGCGAGACAGACAACGAAAACAAAUGUCGGUAAUGAGAUUGCAUAAAUGCAUACCGAGUGAUUCUGAGUGAAACGAAGAAAUUGUCGAUUUUAUACGUAUUUUAUAAUACCAGUGUGUGUGUAUGUGUGAGCGCGCACUUUUUUAGUUAAUUUUACAGUAGAUAAUCGUUCGGGUGGAAAUAAUAUGUGAUCAGAAUGUUUCCCGUAGGAAUACGCAAUAAUAGUAAUAAUAAUAUAUAGACAGUAAAAUGAACACGGAUGUCAAACAUGUCGUUUUUAGAAUUUUCCAGUAGGUAGUUUCCAGGAUAUUGCGAAAGUAGUGAAACGUGUACUAGUGGUACUACGGUAUCGACAAAAUCGAUUUUGGUAAUUUCAUUAGAACCCAGAAAAUAACUAUAUUCUAUAUACCUAGCGACUUGAAAUUUUCACCGAUCGUACUACUAUAUUUCAGUAUUUUAUGGGCGUACAAUCGUACAAAUAUAUAUAUUUUCGAGCCUUGUCUGAACGAUAAAUUUUAUUUUUUUCCAAAACCUGAACGUUCAAUACAAUCAUUGGGCAUACAAUUGUUCUCAUCCGUUCGGACAACAAUUACAUAUUCUGAGUAAUUACGGAAUUAAUAAUAUGCAUUAAAUUGAUUUUAUAAAUAUUGCAACGACGUGUAAUUAUAAAUUGACAUUUUAAAAAUAUCUCUCUAAUGAGUUUUUCGGGUUUUUAAUUGUUGAAAUUGUAGGUAAUUGAGAAAUAUUCUCUAGCUAAAACUCAGACAUGUAUUUCAACCAUUUUAGUAAUUGUCUCAUAAAGGUUUGACUUUUAGAUAUAUCAGGACUUCAAAUUAAAUUAGGUACUAACAUUAUAAAUAUUUAAUACAAUCCCUUGGAAUUUUUUCAACGCACAUUUAAAUUGUUGAAAAUCGUCUUAUAAUUCCCCUAAGAGUACCUAUCUAAUAAACGAAUUUUCACCAAAACUUGUUUUUCCAAAUGUUACAACGGGACCCUGUAGAUUCUUUUAAAUGUACAUCAAUGACCGUAAUUCGGAGAAGGACAAAUCUAAAAUGAUCACACGCAUUUUAUUUUUAAAUUCACUACCAUUAUGUCGAAAAGUGUGUAUCCUUAAUCAAUUGAAAACCAUACUGUUAUCUCCACUAACGCAGUGACAUUGAAAGUAAACUCACUUACAUUUUACUGACCUAAAAUUUUCUCGCAAAAAAAAAAAUAAAACAACAAAUUAAACUAUCAUAAUUUCUCAAUUAUCUUAAUUUUUUUUAUAAAAAACCCCACAAGGAUGAAGGUUAAUGCGUACAGGAAGAAAUUAGCUUUUGGAAACCCAUGUAAAACAUCUGUGUACAAUAAAAACGGUUUAUCUCAAAACAAGGUAGAGGUCAACAUGAAUUAUAUUAAAUAAUUGCAAAAAACAAUUUGGUACCUAAUAUUUAAAUUUGAUAAUUUAUUUGUAUUAUAUUCGGUUUAUUGAUUUCAACAUGUUAUUAUAUUAUUAUUAGCGACGGUAUAGUGUAACGUCUAUUUUAUAAUAAAAUCAUAUUAUAUUGUGACAAUUAUGUUUUCAUAUUUAAUUAGG